AGCUAUUAAUAAAAUAAUGCCUGAUGUCCUUACUAGUGCGAGUCCAGAUAUAGAAGAGAAUGCAAAAAGAAGAUGACAAAUAUUUUGUUGUUGUGUCAUACAUCAUAUGUCAACUGUCAGUAUCUAACCUUUUUACAAAUAGUUGAAAUAAUUAACAUUGUUUAUUUCUUAUAAAAAUAAAAUAUGGAACGAAACGGAGGCUUUCGUCCAAAAAAUAACAGUUCGUUUUCACCUAGAGGCAGAGGUAACGACUUUCGAAAACCGUGGCGUCCGAAUUUUAAUUCUAACCAGCAUAAUGCAGGCGGCAACUCUUGGUUUCAAAACAACCAACAAUCGAUGCAGAAUCCUAAUCAAUGGGACAACCAAAGUAACAGUAAUAGCGGCGCCGGUUGGGGAAAUAAUGCAUAUUCAAACGAAGGUAAUUGGAAUCAACCUACAAACCAAGCCUGGCCCAACCAAAAUUCAAAUGAUCAGGGGUAUUGGAAACAAGUUUCGAGUAGUAAUAACCAGCCAGCUUGGGAAUCAGGCUCAUGGCAGCAGUAUAAUAAUCCAAAUAGGGAUAGAAGGACACCUUAUGAUCGACCUGAUAGAGGUAGACCAAACAGACCCAAUAGAGGAGGUCGACCUCAAUUUAACUACGAGCCAAGGAGAGGGAGGGAUCGUGAACCAUCUCCCGAAAUUGAACCGGACCCAGUUCCUUUGACACCAUUAGAGGCUAAAAUUGAAAGACUCAUAACAGCUGUCCAAAGUCAACCCGAUAAUUUAGGACAACUCAUACUAUUACAGAAUAAUAACGAAAUUCCUCCUGUAUUACUCAAUAAUGCAGCACAUCAAGUAAAAAACUGCACCUUAACAAUUGACAGAAAUGAGUCUACUGGUUAUUCAAAAUUAAGAAUAAAUAACACUGUUAUUGCUGAAGGUAUGUACUCCUCCAAAAAAGAUGCAAAAGAAGCUUUAUAUGAAAUGGGUUUAGACAUAAUGAGAGGCAAAUGCUUUUAUAUAACCUCAAAAUCUCAUUAUGAAGAAGUUUCCAUGACUGAUCUGAGUAAUCAGAAAAAAGAAGAGGAAUCUGAAAACCCCAUGGAUGGAAAUAGUAAGGCUUUGCAGAUGAUGUUAAAAAUGGGUUGGGGUGGCAAAGGUCUUGGCAAUAAGGAACAAGGAGAACAAAAAAGUGUUGCAGAAAAAAUUGUUGAAAACAUUUCUCGCGAAGGUUUAGGAGGUGGUGGAAAAACGGUAAUGCAAGAAGUUGAUAAAAUUUUAGCAGAUUAUGCCAAAUCGACGAAAACAACUACUUUAGGAUUUGAUUCUGGAUUUACAAAAGAAGAAAGAGCACAAAUACAUUCUAUAGCAGCUAAAUACCAUUUGAAAUCCAAGAGUGAGGGAGGUUUUAAUAGCAGGAGAAUAACAAUUAGUAAAAAGAUGAGUAAGUGGGUAUUGGUUAGAGAAUUACUAAGUGUAGGACUGGAAAAUGAAUCCUAUAUUUUGACAAUUCCAGAUGAAUUUAAGGAUCUAUGGCCUGAGGAUGAACCAGAUGAACCUGAUGAACAAGUGUAAAAUAAAUGUUUUAGUGUAUUAAUAUAAGAAUAAUUAUGAAAUGAACGUGUACAAAAAUAAAUGUUUCUAAAAGGUUAAUCUGAUAAAUUUUGGUAUACAUUGAGACAGGUGGCAAGUAUUUUGAUUUUACUAUUUGUUCCAUUACAUUAUAAAAAUCCAUGAUGCAAUUACUUUUUAUAUAAACUUAAUUUAUUUCUAAGUAAAACUUCAACUUUAUUACUUUGCCUUUGCUCUAGUAAUAUUAGAUGGAAAAAGAAUUACAGAAAAGCUGUACAACAUAAGGUAUGUUGAUUUCAGGAUUCAUAUACAAAUUGUAUUUCUUUGGUAAUUAGAUAUAUAGGAAAUCAUUGAAUGAUAAAAAUAUCUUAUUUUGUGUGUGAAUUAUCUUCAUUUGCCUAGAGAUAUUAAGGUCCUAUAUUUUAGAAUUAAAAGAGACAAGGUUUAUAAAACAAUAAUAAAUUGUAAAUGUAUAGUCUAAGUUGUAUAACUAUGUGUUAAUUUAACAUUAAAAAAUAUUAAGAAAGUGACCUCAAAAAUUAAUAAAUAUCAAUUCGAUGAAAUCUGGUUCUUCUGUAAAAUGUUGAAUCAAAUUUGGUGUAUUUGAUUUAGAGCGAAAAAGCACAUACUUUUGUUGUAUUUUAUAGUUUUUUAAUUGGACUAUUUCAAAAAAUUUUUAAUGCUAUUGCUAAUUAUGUUAGUUAUACAGAUGAAUAUACCAACUGGCAAUUCCCCACAUCCUAAAAAUAGGAAGCUUUUUAUUAUUUGAUCCAUAUUUUAAAAAAUUACUAGUGUUGCCAAUUUUUUAAAUUAAAUUGUACCAGAUAAUUUAUAAAAUUUCAUAAAAUGUAUAGUUUGAAACAAUCCAAAUGUAACACAUCUCAACAAAUGUCAAAAAUAGGUCAGUUAUUAAAUAAUCAUUGGUAUCAAAAACAACUAAAAACAAUUUAACAUCCAAAAUUAUCUACUGAUAAGAUUAGAUAUAAUUGAAUUUAAAAAAAUUGGCAAAUUUGUUGGUUUGGUAAUUUUUUUUAAAU